UCUGAACUGCAUCCAUACCAAGAAGAAUCCAUUAGCGAAAGCAGUGUAAAUAAAUGUGCUAGCAACAAUCCAAAAUGGUGCUAUCAAAGAAACGGCCAAUGUGAAAAUGACACUGAUGCGGCGUCAUUAACAGAUAGAAGACAACAUUAA